AUGGCAGGAACUUGUUUUUCUUUAUCCAUGUUGGAUAGCAUAAUAUGUCAAUCAUUCUAUCAACCACAUCUAGUUGCUAUCAUUAACCAAUUACUUUUUGGAGCUCCUCCACUUCAACUUUCUUCAGGUACAACUUGUUCUGCGCCCGCUCAUUCACACAUUUUUCAAAUUCCUGUCCCCGUAAGAUUUAUAGGUUCACAAUAUGGAUCAAUGUUUCAUUUCUUAUUGGGCGAGAAAAGAGCUAUUCCUUUGGGUCUAUAUCGUACCAAUAAAUUUAUAACACCAAAUGGUAAAACCAAAUAUUCUAAAUAUGUAUAUACUUGUCCCAGAUAUAAUGUAAUGUUGAGAGAUGAUGAUAAAGUUUUUGUGUUGAGUAAACAAAUUCCAUCUAUAUUGUAA